CAGACACAGCAAAGCAGCAGAUCAGUGACAGAGCGGAGGUCCCCUUCACCUUCACUCCAGCUCCUCACAUCGCUCGCUCGAUCUGCCACUGCCAGCCACCGGAGAUGAGCUGCCGGAGCAAGAUGCUGCCGCUGAUGGCCGUGGUGGCGGUGGUGGCGCUGCUGCCGGCGGCGGCGGUGGCGACCAACUACACGGUGGGCGACGAGAAGGGCUGGAACCCGGACGUGGACUACACGGCGUGGGUGAAGAAGCACCGCCCCUUCUACAAGGGCGACUGGCUCCUGUUCGAGUACCAGAACGGGAGGUCGGACGUGGUGCAGGUGGACGAGGUCGGGUACGACAACUGCGACAAGGCGAACGCCAUGAGCAGCUACAGCAAGGGGCACAGCUACGCGUUCCAGCUGAAGGAGGCCAAGGACUACUACUUCAUCUGCAGCUACGGCUACUGCUACAACGGCAUGAAGCUCGCCGUCACCGCCAAGAAGGGCCCUGCCUCCGCCGGCUCUUCCUCCUCCUCCUCCUCCUCCUCCUCCAAGUCCGACACUGCCUCCUCCUCCAAGUCCGCCGCCGCCUCCUCGUCUCUCGCCAAGCCCCACGCCGCCCUCCUCGCCGUCGCCUUCCUCUUCCUCAGGAUGCUCUGAUCUCAUCCCCAAACCUCUCUUAAUUCUUCUUGUCUCUUGCUCGGUUUGUAAGUUACUUCGUUCUUGAUUUCUCUACCAUUUUCGGGUUGGUUUUUAACUUUUCUUCUCCAAGAGGUCGGAAAUUCAUGGUGUUCAUUUGUUUCCAAAGAUCUACUCCACUGCCAUUAGGUAGCAAGUGUGAAUUAUGAACAGUACUCCAAUUUUCCUCUGUAAUAUUGCAGCAGCAGUUUCUCGAGAUCGCACGAGUUCAGCAAAGCAAGCAAUUUGCUUCUCUUA